CUGAAUAAAAAACCACAAAAUAAUGUAAGUAUUUCAUAGACAGGGGCUGGGUUUCCGUAAGAGGAAAAGCUCUUCUAUCGCAACUUCUGCCUUUAGAAUCUGCUUUGUCUGAGCACCAGGGAGUUGCUAUGAUUGUGCAGGUGAUGCUGCUCUUUGUCUGUGUCACAGCCAGACCUUGGGUUUCCUUUCAACCGGAUGUGGCCAAAAUAGUCUUUGGAGAGUCCAUAGCCCUGACAUGUAACAUGGCCUCUCCUGAGCAGGGAAAACAGACCUAUACCUGGUACAGAGACAACAAGAGAAUAAGUUCUGGGCAACGUCUUUAUAUCAAUGCUGCCUUGGGUGCUAACAGUGGGGAUUACCAGUGCCAGACUGGAACCAGUGAGAGAAGUGAAGCCGUCAGGCUGGAAGUGACUGAAGGUUAUGUCACCCUUCAGACUCCUCCGACUGUUUAUGAAGGUGAUUCCUUGAUCCUGAGAUGCCAUAGCCCUGUUUUUGGAGCUUCAAGUGGUGCGGCGUUCUAUAAGGAUGGCACCGCCCUAAAAUCUUCAUCCAGCGACUCAAGUUUAUCACUGGGAACAGUGUAUAAGAACACAUCUGGGACCUACCGUUGCUCAAAGAGCAUAUUUAAUGCAAGGCCUGUUACCGACAAAGCCUUUAUUUCUGUGAAAGAUCUCUUCUCUAAGCCGCACAUACAAGUGAGUUCCAAUGAGACAAGAGUUGGGGCUAAUGUGACAGUAACAUGCAGUUCUACCCUCACCCCUGCGAGAAGAAGUACAGAGCUCAGAUUUGUUUUCAACAAAGAUGGACGAAGCAUGCAGGACAUACAGCCAUCCAAUGAGCUGCACAUUAGGGGAGCAUGGGUGGAACAGUCCGGGUAUUACACGUGUGAAGUGGAAGCUGUUGCCAGCAGAAUUAAGAAAAUCAGCAAUACAUUGUAUAUCCAGAUUAAAGAGUUUCAACAGAACGAAGUUCAUCUCGAUUAUACCUUGCAGAAUGCGAUUCGGCUGACUUUGUCUGUGUUUCUAUCAGUUCUUUGUUUAUGUUUCGUCUGCAACCACUUGAAAAGGGAAAAUACAUAAAAAAAACAGAAACAACAGACAGCUGAAAAGAACGACUGAAUAACGUCUACAAAAAAAAUCUGUAUUGUUUGUGAAAUAAUACACACGCUGCAAAGGGGAUCUAGAGCCUGGAGUAAUUGUCAUAUUGUGAGUCAGGAUUAUUCCCACGUGAGACAGAUUGGAUCUUCUUUAUUUCAUUGCUGUUGCCUUCCUUAUUGUGGACCACCUUGUACCUAAGUAGGAAUGGUAUAAGAGCAGAUAUGAGUUUGAAGGGUGUAUUUUCCAGCCUCGUCACAUAUAAAACUCGUAUGUAACCAAAAUUGGACUCUGCGGUCUACUGUUUGUAGCCAGACAGCAAGGUCUGUUAUUAAGAUUCAGUUUACCAAGACUCUUUGUCAUUCCUCCAGAGUAAAUAUAGAAGAAGUAUUAAUAAUAAGCCAAAUACCCAUGGGGCAUUAUUGUUUGCUUUCAGUCCAAUUAUAUGCGUGGGAUGAUGAAUAAACAUUAAUCACAAGUCUAUUAUUUUAUCUUUGGAAAGUACAAACUGUAAAUACUUUUUAAACUACUAGAAUCCCGUUGUGCCAGUAAUUUAAAAAGCUAUAAAAUAUGCUUGUUCUUCAUGUCUCAAAAAUGUGCUGCUCCACGUGGGAUAACACAUAGGGGCAGAUUCACUAAC